UGAAAAUACGCGUUUACUUGUAAGAGGGACGGAGGCGAGUAGAGAGGAAGAAUCGAUGAAAAUGCUUUAUUUUCGAUUUGUACGAUGUUUCUUUUCUGUAGAGGUACUGGCAACGCGAUGAUUUGGCAACGCUCGAGCGCGCAUUUCCUACGAUUUUACCGUUUAAUCGAUCGAGCAGAAGUCCUUUUCCUCAAUGCCAAGAACAUCUCUACGAUAACCAACCAGAUAAUAUUUCUGAUGCUGGCCGAUCGCGCUUUUGUACCGGAAUCGAAAAUGACCUGUCUCUACACCCUGAUGUUUUACAACGUGAUCGCUUACUGUAUCACCUACGUUAAGGAAUUGAUAGAUAAAGAAGAUUGGUCGCCGUACGUCACUCUCACCGAAAGAUCCAAAAUUAGGCAUCUAGCUAUGUCCGCGACCAAAAUAGUACUCGAAUGGACCAAAGCCGUCACCUUUGUCGUAACGCUUACAUUUCUGCUUCUCGUUUUCGGUUUGGAACAAGGUCUUGAACAUUACAAACCAUCGACGGUUUACACGGUAGUAACGUGGACCUAUUAUGCGACGACGGAAAAGAUCUUCGCCGAGAUGUUCCCAUCGAUUUUGAAACUUCUUCGGUUGGACAUGUUCGAAAGCCUCGAAGAACUUUAUGCUCCGGUAAUGUUAGGAUCAUUUACCGUUCUUACAUCGAUGAUAUUCAUCUUGAUACUUGUACCGAAAACAUCCUGGAGCUUCUUAUUGGUCGCUACCUAUGUGAACGUUUAUUUGAAAACGAAAGAUCUCGUGCAACGAUCCGGUGCUGCGUUGAAACGCGAGCGAGGUAUACUGAAUCGCUACAGAAAAGCGACGCUUCGAGAAAUUCAACGAUUCGACGAUGUUUGCGCUGUAUGCCUUUGUAACAUGACCAAAGCAAGAGUAACGCCUUGUUCGCAUCUCUUUCAUGCCGACUGUUUACGACAAUGUUUGAAAACCAUCGAUGCUUGUCCCAUAUGUAAAAGACAAUUAAAAUGCGAAACGAUAUCGUCCCGCUGAUCCAAUUUACCUUUUCUACGAAACAUUUCGCGCAUAUCGGAUUACCAUAUAUUAAGCCACUAACUCCUUUCGUCUCGCUUCAAUUUUCAACUUUAUCGCUAUAAAGUUGAAGAACCUAGUAAUUUUCGUCUAGUUUAUCUAUCGCCUCUCCACGACGUCCAAUCGAAAUCACCGUCGCUCAUCGACCGCUUGUAUUUUCUUUCUAUCCAAAACAAGAGUCAUCGACUAGUGGAUAUA